AUGACUGACAUUUCAAAUGCUUCGGGAAAGAAAAAACCUACAAGGUUUGUUACUAAUGUGUCACCCAACAACACUUCCCCAACAACACCACUGUCUGACAUCACAAAUGUGAAUGCAUCAUCUUCAUCCAAUGCUCUAAAACCAUCAUCACAUUCAACAUUACAAACAAUAUCCCACAAAGUUCAUUCACCCUCUUCAUCGAAUGCUUUGAAAACACCAUCAUCUCAGACAAUACAAAGAAAUUCUCACAAAGAAAAUAGUUUCUUCGUACCCCCUAAUUGUCGAGUUGCUCAAAAGUUUACCGAAUUACCUCCAGACUUUUCCAACAACCAAGAUACAAUUCAGCACAACACAACUCAUUCAACAACAACGAAACGGAAACGAUUUAAUACACAAGAUAUUCCAUUUUUUGAGUUGAAUGAAGAUGUCGUUGAACCUUCAGUCACACAUUUUUCAGUUGGUACCAGCGUUAACUAUAAAGAAAAGAAAAAAAGAGGCAGACCAAUUUCUACAAAAAAGAAGACACAAAUAUGUAUUCCUUCUACUUCAAAUGCUCAGAAUGAUGUAACCGGUAACAAUCAUACUAAAUAUAUCGGAAUAAGCAAAGAUUAUUUGGAUUCUGGAGAUGCUAUAUAUGUUUGCUCAGUAUGUAAAGCUAAGGUGUGGCAGGGAGAAGCAAUUCGAGGAAAUAAGGAUUUAAAGAAAACAUGUUAUUCCAUUUGUUGUUACAAUGGAAAAGUUGAACUACCCAGUCUGAUUCACCCACCUCAGUUGUUGAUUGAUUUAUAUAGCGGUCUUUCGGAAAAAAGUCAAAACUUUAUACAGAAUAUACGUCGAUACAAUAUGAUGUUCGCAUUCACAUCUAUGGCUGGAAAGAUUGAUCACACCGUUAACUCAGGAGGUGGUCCUUAUGUUUAUCGAAUGCAUGGCCAAAAUUAUCAUAUUGCAGGCAGCUUACUUCCCGAAGAGGGUGAAUCACCCAGAUUUUGCCAGUUGUACAUAUAUGAUACAGAUCAUGAGGUUCAAAACAGAUUCAAAUCAUACAAGGAUAGUGAACCCGAUUUGUAUCAGAUUGUUUGUGAUAACAUGAUACACGGACCUUGUGGCAACGAUCAACCAUUUAUGCCGUGUAUGAAAAAAGGCAAAUGUUCAAAACGAUUUCCAAGGGAAUAUACCGAUCAUACGUAUAUUGAUGAAGAUGGUUAUCCUAUUUACCGGAGACGUAACGAUGGAAAUAAUGUCCUUAAAAAAGGUGUUUCUUUAGACAACAGGAAUGUUGUUCCAUAUAAUAAGAUCCUUAUGAAACAAUAUCAAGCUCACAUGAAUCUAGAGUGGUGUAACCAAGUUGGAUCGAUAAAGUAUCUUUUUAAGUAUAUUAACAAAGGACCGGAUAGGAUAACAGCAUCUAUUGUUGAUCCAACAAAAAAGAAAAAACAACAAAUAGAAAAUAACGACCAUGACGAAAUUGGUGAGUUCUAUAACUGUCGUUAUAUUUCCGCAUGUGAGGCAUGUUGGAGGCUUUUUGGGUAUGAUAUUCAUUAUCGAACACCGCCUGUCGAAAGGUUGUCAUUUCACCUCGAACACAAACAACCUGUUGUUUUUAAACCAAACCAACAUCUUAAUCAGGUUGUUUCUAAACCGACUGUCGCUGCUUCUCAAUUUUUAGCUUGGAUGGAAUGUAACAAGCAUGAUGAAGAUGCACGAAAGUUGUCAUACGUUGAAUUCCCAACUAAAUAUGUUUGGAAUAAAUCAGAUAAGAUAUGGACAAAAAGAAAAACCAAGUCCAAGGCACUCGGUCGAUUAAACCACGUUUCUCCCAAGGCUGGUGACAUUUAUUACCUACGGAUUUUGCUGAACAAAAUCAAGGGUCCUACAUGCUAUGAAGAUAUCAAGAAAAUUAACGGAAUUGUACAUGACUCUUACAAAGAUGCUUGCUAUGCACUUGGUCUAUUAGAUGAUGAUAGAGAGUACAUUUCGUCAAUAAACGAAACACAUCAUUGGGCCACAACUUCUUUCUGCCGGUCUCUCUUUGUUAUGUUGAUUACAUCAGAUAGUUUGUCAAGUCCUGCUCAUGUUUUUGAAGAAACAUAUCAAUGUCUUUCUGAUGAUGUCAUUCACGUUCGUGAACAAGAAAUCGGCGUCAGAGGCUUGAAGUUAAAAGAGGAUGCAAUUUUCAACCUUACCUUGUCAUACAUCGAGAAAUCAUUAUUGAGCUGUGGAUUGAGUUUGAAGCAAAUACCAAAUAUGCCGUUUCCUGAUCAUAGAUACAUUCAAGAGUCAUGCAAUAUGUUAAUUCAAGAUGAGCUUAACUAUGAUCCUGGUGUUAUUGAAGUUGAGCAUCAAGAUUUGUAUUCCAAAUUAAAUGUCGAGCAAAAAAAUGUUUAUCACACCAUUAUGAAUGCGGUUAACAACAACCAAGAUAAAGCAAAGGAAACAUGGAGGCAUUAA